AUCGAAAAAGACGUUGGAAAACUCAUCGCUUGUGUUCUUGCCACUAUAACAAGCUAAAACAGAAAAAAAGCGGCCUACAGUUACCAUGGAUACCGCAAACGGUAAAAAGAAAGUCAAUGCUAUUCAAGUGAAAACAGAAAAGAGUUCCACAGGAAUCCCAAUUAUCAAGUCCAAGACAAAAAAAGAAAAUCAAGAUGGACGACCGACAUACAAAAAGAAUACGCAACAUUUCUUCUCAUUUACUAAGAAUUGCACCAGAAAAUCAUGACACUGGACUACAAGAGGUCUUAAAUAAGGGGGUGGUAGAGCUCUCUGAAGCACCACCCAACAUGCACAAGGAGUAUCAGGCACUUCUUACCCCACAGGCAAUCCAGUUUGUGGCAGAGAUGGUAAAAAAAUUUGAUCCCCAAGUUUCAGAGAUUCUUAGUAAGCGUCAGCUCAACAAGCUUCACUUCCAGCAGACCAACUUCUUGCCAGAUUUUGUAAAGACGAGUAGUGCCCAUCAGUUCUGGAGGAUAAGAGAAAUUCCUAAACGUCUACAAGACAGGCGUAUUGAUCUUGGUGAUAUCACUCCUGCGAAUACAGGACUUUUUAAGCGAGCACUUAAUUCGUCUGCUUGUGGAAUACAGACAGAUUUUGACGAUGGGCAUUGUCCUACAUGGGCCAAUCAGCUAAAAGGACUUUUUAAUGUCUACCAGUUUGUAAAUGGGAGCAUGACAGAUGUGCCGCCAAUGUCGCAUGCUCCUCUUGUCAUACUAAGACCUCGAGCAUGGAACAUGUUGGAACAUAACAUGAUGGUUGAAGGCAAGGUUAUUCCAGGUGCUUUUUUUGAUUUUGGUUUGCAUAUCUUCCAUAAUGGAAAGAAAAUGUUUGAGCAUGGAGAUGGACCAUUCUUUUAUCUUCCCAAGCUUGAAAGCCACCUUGAAGUAAGAUUAUGGAACAACAUAUUUUCCUGGGCUGAAAGCCAUCUUGGCCUGCCACUGGGGAGCAUCAAAGCCUGUGUCCUGAUUGAGAGCAUUCUCACUUCUUUUGAGCUGGAGCAGGUUCUCUUUGAGCUCAGGGAUCAUUGUGCUGGUCUUAAUUGUGGAAUGUGGGACUAUUCAGCCUCCUUUGUCAGCACCUUUGGUCAUCGUAAAGAUUUUAUUCUUGCUGAUCGUAAGAAGUAUGUCUCGAUGGAUAAACAGUACCUCAAGAGUUAUUUGGAACUUGUCAUCAAGACUUGUCAUGCUCAUGGCUGUCAUGCCACUGGAGGUAUGGUACCUUCUGUACUACCCAAAGAUAACAAUGCAAAAUCCCAUCAGAUUGUGCAAAAUGUUUGCAUAGCCAAAUUAAAAGAAAUCCAAGCAGGAGCUGAUGGAUUUUUGGUGUUUGAUCCUGACCUGAUUAAACCAUUACUCCAGGUCUGGAGACAGAAUGUUCCAACAGAGAACCAGCUUCAUGUGCUUAGGCAAGAUGUACAAGUUAAUGCCGUUGACCUCUUGACACUCCCACAGGGUGGCUUCACACUAGAUGGCUUAAGAAAUAAUAUCACAGUGGGUGUCUUGUUUAUUCAAGCCUGGCUUAGAGGUGUUGGCAGUUUUAUUUUGAAUGGUGCAGUUGAAGACUCUGCUACGGCUGAAAUUUCAAGGUCACAGAUUUGGCAAGCUGUUCGUCAUCAAUGUAUCUUAGAGAAUGAUGGCCGUAAAAUCACAAGGGCAUUAGUGAAGAACGAAAUAGCAAUGGUUACAGGCCAACUGAUAAAGACUCAAGCCAAGUCACCAUCUGAUGAACAACAACUGACUAUCUCUGCCCAGAUAUUAGAGGAGCUGAUACUUGCCAGAGAUUUCCCGCAGUUUAUUACCACAUAUCUGUAUGAACAUCACGUGUUUAUUCAUAGUAAGUGGUGUUGACAUAAACCAACAAUUAUAUGAUUCUAAAAUGAAUUCA